GCAGCGGAGCGGGAGGUGUCAGUCCGCUGUCCAGCCAUGAAGUCGAGCCGAGCGAGCGCGGAGGUGGCACCGGCCGGCCGGCAGCGGCGCCGCGUGGCCUCGUAUCUGGAGCAGCUGCGGCAGCUGGUGCCGCUGGUACCGCUCGACAGGCCCGUCAGCCAGCUGGAGGUGAUCCAGCACGUGAUCGACUACAUCAGCCAGCUGGAGGAGCAGCUGGAGCGGCGGCAGGAAGCGCCGCGGCCUGCCAAGCGGCGCCAGCCCCUGCAGGAGAUGUCGCGCAACCAGGCGCCCGGCCCCGUCUCCGAGCCUCUCAAACAGGUGCAGCCGCGGAGUUCAAUAUAGGCUACUGCUGCCUGGUCUGGCCUCCCCUUCCCACUAGUCAGAACAGAGUCCUCGAGACCAGGACUCCAGAGUCGCCAGAGGCCUCGAGCUGGCGAUUCUGUGAUCGCGGAAGUUCCAGAGCUGAGGACUCCAGGGAUUGCCAGGGUUCUGCGGCCAGGGCUCCAGCAUCGCCGGACCCCUCAGGCUGAGGACUUGAGAAGCGCUGGGCCCCGAGCUGAGCGCUUCAGGAAGGGCCCCGAGCCCGCCCGGACGACUCCUGAAGCGGAAGAGCGCGCAGCCGCCGCCGGCCACCUGCGUCCACGGUUCACCAGUCACUGCGUCCGGACCCACGGCGCGCCACGGGAGCCGCCGCAGCCGGCCGGCGCACAGCUCAGCAGGUCCGCGCCGCGGCAACCGGCCCCACCCAGGUCUCAACCGCGGGCUGCUGAGCUCUCCGCCGCUGACCGCUGAGCUCUCCGCCGCUGGACUCUCUGAGCUCUCCGCCGCUGGACUCUCUGAGCUCUCCGCCGUCUGGAUGCUGAGCUCUCAGCCGCUGGACUCUCUGAGCUCUCCGCCGCUGGACGCUGGGCUCUCCGCCGCUGGACUCUCUGGGCUCUCCACCGUCUGGAUGCUGAGCUCUCAGCCGCUGGACGCUGGGCUCUCCGCCGCUGGACUCUCUGAGCUCUCCACCGUCUGGAAGCUGAACUCUCCGCCGUCUGGACCUCGCGCCCGUCUGCAAUGACGCGGCUGACGCUGCCAGUCAGCGGGGCUGUCGGAGGUGCAUCUCGGCCGCGCGUCUCCGGGUAUGACGAUAACGGUGGAUUCCGUCGGCUCACUGCACCUCCGAGCGGGACGCACCGAGGUGAAAAGACGAGGCGAACACCCACCGACGCACAGCAGGAGGGAGGGGAGGCGGACCGACCAUUACAUGUGAUAUUUCCCCACAGUGUGUUGUGCUUGCAUUUGCGCUUGUUUCGCGCCGGGCUACAGGACACAGUCCGGCUUUGUUUCCGUCGCCCCGGUAGAGGCUACACCCGCGCGCGGUCCGGCGAGAGGCAAUAGCAUGAAUGGCUCAUGUCACAAAUGUUGCCACCAUCGCGUUUGUCUGCCACCAUUGUGCUACACUGUCUGUUGGUAGCGUAGCGCCUAGUCGUUUUAUUCAUGUAGUCGCGUGCCGUCGCCGCAGGUCUCGCUCCUCGAAACGUGGCGAUGGAAGAGCCAGCGAGCGUCCCUGUUAUAAUGAGCUUAGAGUGAGGCUAGCGCGUUUCUUGUGCGACUCGAAUCUCAGAACACGCACGGUGUGCGCGGCGUUCAAGCAACUGUGACAAAUGUCCACAGGCAUUUUCUCACGAUGUGAGCGUGAGUUCCCUUGUGGCUCUUUCAGGCGAUGGAUGGUAAUGUCACAGCGGCUGUUGCACUUACCGGAGGGCAAAUUCGCGCAUUUUGUUCGUGCAAAGAUACCAAAGACGGUGUGGUGAAUACACGUCAUAGCAUAA